CCCAACCGAUGCGCACACACACGCACACCUGCUGAAAUAUACAAUUACCUGUUGAGAGUGAUAAAUACAGACACCUAAGAAACAGACAUACACAAACCUGUUGAGAACGAUACAGGCACACACACUCGUUGAGAGAAACACAGAGGCUUAGCCUGGCACCCGUUAAGAGAGACAGAGACACUCAAACAUUCACAGAGAUCAAAGCAAAGAAGUCAUGACCACGUCGUCUCCGUACCCAAGCAUGCCGCUUCCGUUCAUCAUGACAGACGACACCGGGAGAUUCUACAUCAACGAGGACACGGCGCAGGUUCUGGGGAAAAUCAAGAAGCCCGUGGUGGUGGUGGCGAUAGCCGGGAAAUAUCGAACCGGAAAAUCCUUUCUCAUGAACCGACUCGCAAAAGCAGUGAAACCUGUCUUAAAGCUGGACAUGCAUCCCAAGUUUGCGAUUAAGAGGUCAGAAGGAGAAUCAAGCCUACAUCAUAGUAAAGAACCAGAUGGAGAGGAAUUAACCAAUGUGAGGAACAUGGUCAAGCGCUGGGCAAUGAUUGGACCUGGGAAAUUUGAGCAGACGGAACCAAAUGCCAGACCUGCACUUCCCACACCCCGGCGGUCCAGAGGCUUCUCACUGGGUAAUACAGUGCAGUCCCACACCAAGGGUAUCUGGAUCUGGCCAGUCCGUCACCCCCGCGACGAGAGGAAAUGUCUGCUGCUGCUGGACACAGAGGGGCUGGGCGAUGUGGAGAAGGCCAAUGGGGAGCAUGACAUCUGGUUGUUCGUCAUGGCCGUGCUGCUCUCAAACAUCCUGGUCUACAACACCGUGGGGACUCUGGACCACUCCGGCCUGGAGCAGCUACAGUAUGCAAAGGAUGUUGCGCAGUAUGUCAAAACAACGGUAGAAUCUCAUAAAGACAACCCAAAGGAUCUGGACAAGUACUUCCCAUCCCUCAUCGUCUGUGUACGCGACUUCAUGCUGACGUUGGAGUUGAAUGGAAAUCCUUGCACUGCUGACGACUACAUGGAGCAUUGCUUUAAAAUACGCAAGGCAGAGACACAACGUGGUCAAGAAGAAGCAAACAAGACAUUCAACAAGCAGCGCGACAUAAUGUGCCAAUAUUUUAAGAAGCGCAAGUGCUUCACGUUCCCCAUGCCAGUCAACCCAGAAGACUUGAGCAAGCUGGAGACCAUUCCAGAUAAAGAUCUCAAACCUGGCUUCCUUGAGGUUGCGAAUGAAUUCACAUCCCACAUCCACCAGGAGGUCAAGUACAAGAACAUUGAUGGAGUCAUCCUCACGGGACAGCUGUUCUUGCAGGUUGCAGGGAUGUACAUUGAGGCGCAGCGUUCUGGUGACAUGGUCUGCAUCGAGAACACACGGGUACAGGUGGUGCAGCUCGCCAACCUGCAGGUAGUGGAGGAUGCCAAGGGACUCUACCAGAAGGAGUUGGAAAGCAUCUUAGUCGACUUUCCACUAAAAACCUGUCAGCUCUACAAGCACCACGAGAAGUGUAUGGAGAAAGCUCUGGAUCUCUUCUACGGUCACGCUGUGCUCGAUUGGGAGCACACGCACGAGAAGGAGUUGCUGGAGCACAUGGAGAAAAUGUGUGUGAGUUUGGUGACACACAACAAGCAGCAAUCGCAGGAAAAGUGCAGAAUACGACUCAAAGAACUGUACUGGCUGGUAGAUGAGCAGUACCAGGACUUCAUGCAGCCUGGGGGCUUCAUGAAAUACCAGGCUGUGAUGAAGAAGAUUGAAGAGGAUUACUUUGAGACCACAGGGCUCGGAGACGAGAUGACGAAUAUGUACAAGGAAUUUCUGGAGCAGAAUAUGGAAAGUGGUAAGGCGAUCCUAAUGGUGGACAAGACGUUGACCAGCGUUCAACAGCAGAACAUGGAGUUCAAGCAGAAGGAAGCGAGAAUGGCACUGGAGCUAAAGACCAUGAAGGAGGCACAAGAAAACCAUGAGAAGGAGAUUUCGUACCUUCAAAAUCAGCACCAGAGCUUUUUGAAGUUAUUCAGCAAGCAUAUGGAUGUGAUCAAGACACACACGGAUGAAAACAUCGAAGACAUAGAGCAGAACCACGAGGAGAAGAUGGACAAAAAUAAAAAAUGCAUCAUCAGCUAAGCGUGGUUGGUGAAGAUGCAAUUAUGCUGCAGGUCAAAUGUGAAACAUAUGAACACCAUCACCCAUCAUUCGCCAAUAAUCAUUAUCAACCACGAUCAAUCCAUGUUGGUUGAUAUUACUGACCAGUGUGGUGAAGAAUGGCAAAACAACCCACGUGAAUAAAACAUGAGGAGCACUUCAUCCAGCAGUGAAAUUACAAGAGGCUGAACAUUUUUUUCAUUCAUCAUCAGCCAUGAUAAAUCCACUGUUGAAUAGAAUUGUUUAUGAACAUUCGGCAUCUCCCACAGUCUUCUAACCAGUAAUAUGUACUGCACAUUUUCAGAUGAACAUAAUUCAUUAUAAUAAAAUGAUUAGAUUAACCCUGAUCUUCCCUUCACACUUGGAGGGGGGCGGGGUCGCACUUCGACGUCACAGUGUUAGAUGUACAACUUCCGAUUUACUAUUCGGCUUCGAGAGGCCCACACAGUCGGAUUUUCCUCGGGCCUCGCACUCCCCUUUGGAUGGCCCUGAAAAAUACUGCCCAUAGCCUCACCACUGCCUAAAGACUCAACACUGCCCAUAUACGCAACACUGCCCAUAGACUCGACACUACCCAUGCACUCAACACUGCCCAUAGACUCACAGCAGAGCCGUCUCUAGAGUACGGCAAAUCGGGGUGACGGCUCCAGGCCCUGUGUUUUAUGGUGUCUGGGUGCCCACAGUGGGAUUUUCUCCAGGCCCCACACCCUCCGAUGGACGACUCUGCCCAGAGGACCUCAAUGUGUACGGCUCCUCAUCCUGCCACAACUAUCCCUUCCGUAUCUCUCGAACACUUAACUGGUUCCCACUCAAUUUAUAUAUUGAGAAAAUUUACAUGAUAAAUACGCUUAUUCCCACCUAACUGCACGGUAUAGUUUUAUUAUUUGGUUCUUUCGGUUAAGUCACGUGACUUAACCGAAAGAACCAAAUAAUAAUUCCUGCAGUCACGAAAGUUCUAAAAUUAAGAUUGCACGGUAUAGUUUGCCUCUCAAAUAUUUUUUUAAUAAAUUCAAUAAGUACCAAGUAUGUACAACUUUAUCCAUAUCGUUGACAUAAAUUGGUUACUCUAAAGCUCAGUGUCACUCGAAAGCCAACGGAAAAGAGGCAUAGGGCCUUUAAGAAAGAUGUGUAUCUUAAAGUAAGUGGUGGUGCCGUUACCAAAUAUGUGGACGUUUAAAAAGAGGUGGGCCUUCAAGAAAGGGAUUGGGCCUUCAAGAGGUGGCUAGUUGCAUAAUCACAUUGCAGGAUUAAGAGAGAUGGUGAUGGCUGGAGAUGCCUAGAUCCAGAAGUAGAUGGAUCUUGGCGGAAUAUGACUAUAUAACAUUCUUUAAAUUUAAUUUGCAUUAUAUUCUCCGUAACAUUUUUGUUAAAUUUCUUAUACCUUAUAUACUAUGAAACAUAAUCUAUAGCACUAAAUAUGCAUACUAUAUUAAGAAAAAAUUCGAUUGCAUUUCAUACACAUUAUAUACUAUAUAAAUCCAGCCAUUUUUAAAUCCUUUAUAUUAAGUUCACUUGCUUGCUUGCUUGUGCGCUUACGACCGUGCAAAUCUUUCGGUCGUUUUUUAACCCACUUCCCGUGAUCCAAUCGAGCUGACAUUUUGCACACAGACUCGUUGUGUGUGACAAUUUAUUUUCGUGAAAACAAUUUCCAAAAAAUUUUCAACAUUUUAGAAAUUUUUUUUUAUAUUUAAUUACCAAUUGCUUAAUGGUGGCAGGCAAUCAUCUGACCCAUAGGUGGCAGCCAUCUCAAGCCAGAGGACGAGAGGACUCUAGCCGCCACGCAUAUAAAGGAUUUAUAGUGAAAAACUUUGUUUUUACGGGUUAAUUUUUACUCUGCUCAGUUAGGUCUGACUUAGGCAGGCAUCUUUAGCACAAGAUAUAGUAAGUCAGAGGAAUGACCCAGAAAGGCAAAGUGACUGGCUUUCUGGAUUGCUCUUCUAAUUAGUUUGUUUGCUGUGUAGGUUUUAUCGAACGACGCAGAUUUGGUCAGAUCAUUGUGGCCUAACCCAAAUCAAUCAUGAAUGUAUAAUUUGACGCAGACAUAUGUGUCAAGGUGGGCAUUCUCGUUUAAUGCAGGCAAUACUUCAAUUGCAGAUGUUCCUCAAAGUUAUGUUUUGUUUAAACUCUUCGUUGACUUAGAUCUGAUAUGCUCGUUCUAUUAAAAUCAAAUUAAUUCGGGUAAGCUAUGAAAGCAAUGUGAAACUAGUAUUUUACACAAUGUGUAUCUCUGUAUUUGAUUGCUUGAAGGUGGUCGUUUGUUGAUUGAUUUUUGA